AUGGCCAUAAUAGAAAAACCAGUUAAACGAACAACAUACCACAAAGUUAAAAAAAAUAAACAAAAAUUAGAAACAACCAGCCACGAGGCUAACCAGGCAGCAAACGCUUUAAUUAAUGAAAAUGAGGACCUAAAAAAACGAACAAUCGCUCAAAAAGAAGAAAUUGACCAAAAAACCGCUGAAAUCAGCCGGUUAAGAGCCGAAAAUAAGAAAUUAGCAAAUAGAAGAAAAGAUUCCGGUUAUGAAGAAGACGAAGAAGAAAUAAUUAACAGGAUUAUUGCUGAAAAGGCCAAAAUUAAAGCCCAAAUUAAGGAAUUAGAAAAACGACCAACGGCCGAACAACUGGCUGAAACCGAGAAAAAAAUGCUUGAUGCUAAUGAGGUCAACACCAAACUCCAAAAUCAAAUUGCCAGCCUAAAAAAAGAUUACAAGCAAGCCCAGAAAAAAAAGGAAAAUGAGGUCAAAAAAUACAAGGAGGGUUAUGAUAAUUUGACCGCUCAAAUAGAGAGGAAUUUUCAAUUAAUUAAAGAAGAAAAAAAAAUAAUUGAAGAGAAAGCAGAGGAGAUAGAAGCAAAAGCGCGCGAUUUACUUUUGCGAGAGGGGGAAGUUAAUGCCAUAGAAAACGCUUUGAAAAAUGUCUUGGGAAUUGAAGAUAUUAAAGAAAAAUUGGCUGUUCAGAAUAAGGAAAUUGAAAAAAUACGGCAGGAAAAAGCAGGUUUAGAAACAAAAUUGACCGAAAAAAAUGCUGAAAUUACUGACUUGACCGAAAAAAUAACGGCCACAGAGGCUGAAUUUACCCAAAAAAGCGAAGAAUUGAAUGAAAUUAGGGCAGAGAAAAAUGAUGUGGAAAAGGCCUACAACGAGGCCAAGAGAGAAAAAACUGCUGCUGAAAAGGAACACGAAGCAGUUAAGGAAGAAUUAACCCGUGAACAAGAUGCUCAUAAGGACACCCAGAAUGCCCUAGCCGCUGAAAAGGACGCCCAUGCUCUUACUGCUGCGACUAAAAAUAAAAAGGAAAAAGAAUUAAAUGACAACCUAGAAAAAACGAGCGAACAAUUAAGCAAAGAGCAAAAGAAAACCCAAAGUCUUCAAACCAAAUGCCACGAAUUACGACAAGAAAAAUCAACCCUACAAGAUAAUUUUAACCAGCAAGAACGGGAAAAUGAAAUAUUAAUCCGCCUAAACACUGAUUUACACCACCAAUUAGAAGCAGCCCUAAAAAAUUAUCAGCAAACUAAAAAUAAACUCCAAACCAAGCAAACUGCUAACCAACAAUUAAGCCAGGAUUUAGAAAAAUUACAAGCCGAC